AUGGCAAAAGACCAUAUCUCUACCAUAUGCAUUCAUUGGUGUUGGCCUUUGUCUUGUGAUGAGCCUAUUUGUAAAUCCACCACCGUAUCAAAGCUUGAUACCUCUAAUGAAGGUGAAGAUGAUUCAUUUGAGGAUCCUAUUUACAAGUUCUACGGGAUAGUUUUAGACUCUAAAGCUAAGGAUGAAAUACUUCAAUAUGCAACAGUGGGAGCUUCUCUUCGUCAUUUUAGUUACACUGUUGUAGCCUCUACAUGGAUGUCUUCACUCUCAAAUUCAGGUGCUGGUCUGUCCUUAUUAGCUGGAGGUGUAUUUGGAUGGACAUUUGGGCACGAAAUUGUAAAUCCUUCCCUUCAACUUUAUAGUAUGGACACAUUGGCUUCUGAGGCUAAGUUUCUGGAGUGGUGGAAAAGGAAGACUGAAGGGUAUUGA